AUGUUAACAAGAUUCCAAGUGAAAAGGAUGAAACCAAGUGAUUUAUUUGAUUGUGGCGUCAGAGUGAAAGAGGAGCCAAGUGAUGUCCCCUUUCGUAAAAAUGAUUAUGAAGUAAUUGACGAGAAACCCGAUUUUAAAAACGUUCAACUCCUAUCAUUCCCGCGAGAAAAUUCAAGCCAUACGCUUCGAAAAUAUGACUUGAAACAUGAAGAUGAACUUGGUAACGAAGCGAAAAUAGUUUUCGAGAGCGAAGAUGUGAAACCCAAUAUGGCUUUUUUAGCAGUUAAGAAAAUUGACAGUAAUUUUAAAUAUCAUUUGCAGAAUGUAACUCACAGUGAUGGUUAUAAAACUCAAAACAUAGUUAAUGAAGAAACCGUGGUUGAAGUAAAACAAGAAUAUGUUCAUAAAACUGCAGAACAAUUGAAUUUCAAUCUUGACAUGCACAAUGGGGUCAUUCACUCAUGUGAUGAAUGUAAAAAAUUAUUUCGCCACAAAAACAGUCUCCGAAAUCACAUAAAUGAGAUGCACAGGGCUGUCACACAUACAUGCAAUACAUGUGGAAAAUCAUUUUCAACCAAAAGUAAUCUCAAGAACCACGUCGAUUCUGUACACAAGGGUAUCACACAUGCAUGUGACACAUGUGGAAAGAAGUACUCAACUAAAUGGUAUCUCAAAGUCCACAUGAAUUCGGUACAUGAUUAA